ACUUGGAAACUCGUAACUUUGGCGGUGUACCUUGUUUUAUGCUCUCUUUGUAGAACGGUUGCCUCGUCCCCUCUGUCUCUCUAUCUCUUCCAUCUCAGUCUACUGAUUCCUUCUCUCUCUACAAAGGAUUCAUUUGGUGGGUGUCAUGGGCGAGCAGCAUAGAGCAAAGGGCAUAAAAAGGGUUCUUCUCUCUCAUCGAGAAUUGGGUCCCCAACAAAUAAUCAUCCCUCCUUCAUGGUCCCAAGUUGCAGAGACCAUCUCUCUCCAAAAUGGACCCAACCAUCCAAUCGUCCUUGUCUGUGGACCCAAGAACGCGGGCAAGUCCACCUUCUCUCGCUAUCUCAUCAACACUCUUCUAAACAGCAGGUAUCAGAGAGUUGGGUACUUGGAUACGGAUGUUGGGCAACCAGAGUAUACACCCCCGGGUUGUCUCUCACUUCAUGUUAUCGAUACACAAACUCCAGAUUUAGCUGUUCCAUGCCUAAAAACACCUGAGAGGUGUUUUUUCUAUGGUGAUAUUUCAUCGAAGAGAGACCCAGAUGCUUAUUUGGAUUGUGUUUUCAACCUUUACAACUACUUCCGUGAGGAGUACAAAUUAUCAAAUGAACAGGAAUUUCAUGAAACAUAUCAUUUACCUCUUGUUGUUAACACACCUGGAUGGGUGAAAGGUGUUGGUUAUGAUAUUCUGGUGAAUAUGCUGAGGUAUAUAGGCCCCACACAUGUGGUUCGGAUACAAAUAUCUGAUUCCAACAAGAAUCUACCAGCUGGGGCUUUCUGGUUCGGUGGAGAUGAAGAGAGGCCUGUUGAUUUAAUCAACAUCGAUUCAGCACAGAUAGACUCCUUGAAUAGAUCGGUCUUAGUACAAAAGCAUGGACGCCUUGUGCGAGAACUGCGAAUAAUUGCAUACUUCAAGCAAUGCUUUAGCAAGGACCUUAAUAUUACCGCAUACAAGGAACUUGCUAAUGCAUUGGCGUCACUUCCCCCAUAUGAGGUUCCAAUCUCGAGUAUGAAAGUGUUGCAUCUACAUUGCCAGGUUCCAAGCAGUGAGGUCUUUUACAGUUUGAAUGGAACAAUUGUUGGUCUCUCAGUUAGUUCAACUAAAUCUGGAAAGUGCAGACCUCUGUGUGUUGGUCUUGGGAUUGUCAGAGGCAUAGACAUUCUAAAAGGUCUAUACUAUGUGAUUACACCUGUUUCACCACGUGAUCUUGAGAAAGUUGAUCUCUUUCUGCAAGGUUUAAUUGAAAUCCCAACCUGUUUGUUGCAGGUAAAGGGAUGUGUUUCCCCAUACAUGUCCACAAACGUGCUCACUGUCACGACUUAGAGCUUCAAAUAUGGAGAUAGGUGAUCAAAUCUUACUCAGCAUAAUGAUAUUUCCAAUGUGGUCAAUGCAGCUUCACACUACUUCAACAUGGCGUAUGUGGUUACCUAAUGGACCUAGCUUUGGUGUUUUGUUUAUGGGCUUAUCCAAGCAUGCUAGCUUAUUUUCAAAUUUCAUCAUAUUUGCAAAAAUGAGCUGAUGAAUGCUUGGACUGAUCUCCCUACUAUUACUUAAAAAUUGCUAUUGAAAUGGGUAAUAUGUUUUCAUACACUUUCAUAUCGGAUGAAAUGCUUGGAAAUUUGAAGCUUUUGCUAAAUUGAGAUCAUCAGUGAAGGAUGUCAAAGUAUAAGAACAGUUUCAAUUGAAGUAAAAAGUUUAUAUUGGUUCGGGCAUUUGAUUUUUACUUGGUUAUCAGUGUAACUCUGUGCUGGGUUUCGUUGGAGUCUGGUUUGAUUUUUUUUUAUUAUGACAGAGACUGCUAAAUAUUUUCCAUUGCAGAAAG